CUCAGACAAACUUGCUCUGUUUUGGAGAGGAAAGGACAGGUUAUGGUUCUCGGGGGGAAAAAAAUCAUUGUAUGCGAUUACACCAGAUGUCAGUCAAUCGGUCAUUACCAUUAGGACUUAAUUUACAACAUCCCUCUUAAAGACGGCUGUAUGAUGUUUGGAGGUACUGCAAAUUAUCAUAUAAGUCAUUUGGCUCUGUUGCCUUUUGAAGUCGCUUGUUAAAGCGGAUUUUAUGGGGCUUUCUUUUCCUGUGUGUUGCAUGGGGGCGUUCUUUAUUUUUAUUAAGCAUACUCUUGCGUAUUGCGGUGGCAGGGGGUGUAGCGACUUAACCAAAUAAGGUGGGUUAUAUGCACAUAGUUGCUCAACUUUUCUCCUUCGCUACAAAGACGCAAUACAGCGGCUGUAUGUGUCCGUGAUACAUAGUUUCUGUUUAUUUCAUUGUACAUUUGUGGUAUUAUUUGUCAACGUGGAUAUAUUUACACGCUUUUACUGCGCCGUGGGACCUCUGACACCAGCGUAUGUGAAAAGAGAGUUUCAUUCAAACUACCGACAGUGGGAUCGCACUUUUUGUGGCGCAUAUAAGCUGGCCACGGUGGAUGCUGGCUCCCGUUGUUGCAGUUGGGCUGCUGCCAUCAGCUUUGUAACAGACACAAGUGGCUCUCCCUCCCUACGAUCUCCCCGUGCCCCCCCCUCCCAUCCAUGAUGGAGGCCAUCGCGAAAUACGACUUCAACGCCACUGCCGAGGAUGAGCUCAGCUUCCGGAAGGGCGACAUUCUGAAGAUCCUGAGCAGUGAGGAUCACUGGUACAAGGCGGAGCUGCACGGCCAUGAAGGGUUCGUGCCCAAAAAUUACACAGAAAGGAAGGUGCCCAGUUGGUUCCACGAGAGCGCCAGUCGCCCCGCUGCGGAGGAGCUGCUGAUGUCCCGCACUGUGGGCUCUUUCCUCAUUCGCGGCAGCCAGAAUUCUCCGGGGGACUUCUCCAUUUCUGUCAGACACCAUUGUGAUGUGCAGCAUUUCAAAGUGAUGAAGGACAAAAAAGGCAGCUACUUCCUAUGGACGGAGAAGUUCACCUCCCUGAACAAGCUGGUGGAGUACUACAAGACCACCUCCAUCUCCAAGCAGACCCAGAUCUUCCUGAGGGAGGACAGGCCAAGCGAGCCGUUCCCGCCCAUGCACCAUCAGCAGGGGAAGAGGGGAAGUGGCCCCGAGGGGAGGAGUCACCACUACGACGGCCUCGGAGGCUCCCCGUCUUUCAGGAACUUUGACACCAUACCCCCUGCUCAUCAACCCAGGAGGAAUAUGGAGGAGAGAGCUCACACCAUCGGGGCAGUGGGGAGGAGCAGCCCCUUCGGCCCCGCCCCCGUGCCCCGCCGAGCCUCUGACACCAUGGCACUGACACAGCGGCCCGCCAAGCACGUGAGAGCGCUGUACGACUUCAUGGCGGAGGAGGCGGACGAGCUGGGCUUCUGCGCUGGGGAAAUCCUGGAGGUUCUCGACUGGUCCGAUCCGUCGUGGUGGAAAGGAAGACUGCAGGGCAGAAUCGGCCUCUUCCCAGCCAACUACACCAUGCCCAUCUGAGCCGUGCUGCUGGUCGUUACCUGCCUUCAAGGCCACGGUUAACAUAUAAGGUUCCAGGGAUUUACCAUGAAGGAUACGGUAGCCAGAGAUAAACGGCACUGAAGCUGUACAUACUGACAUAUUUUGUUGUUUUUUGCAAAGCCAAAUGAGGCCUAUAAAUUGCAGUGGUGAUACCUUUAAUAUAAAAACAAAUUACGCUGUUGUGAAUCUCGGCGGUCCAGUUUACAAUGGAUCAGAGCAGAUUCUCAUUCGUGCAACUACAUCCAUUUGCCGAGAUACAUUUAAUCUACAGCUCUGGAAAAAAAUUAAGAGACCACAGCAAAAUGUUUAGUUUCACUCAUUUCUCAAUUUAUGGGUGUGCAUCUGUGAUUAUAUAUAUAUAUAUAUAUAUAUAUAUAUAUAUUACAGGUUAUUAACCAAUCAGAACCGCUCACCACACUCCUGCUUCACCUGGUUCUUGUGUACUGCAGUCUUAGAAACAUCCUGGAAGCAGCCUGUCUCACAGUGUAGCCUUCUGCCAACAGAACCGGGAUUAAACCAGGAUUUACGUUUUUAAAUACAGUGGUCUCUUGAUUUUUUACAGAGUUCUAUAUAUGAAGCUUCAACGGGAGCAAAACCCACUCUGAAAUAACAACAGGAAAUAUACACAGCUGUCUGUUAACAUUUCACACUCCAUCAGUAAUAUAACUGAUUUAAUGUAUGAUAGAUAUUUUCCAUCAUCUUAUGCAGUCCUAUGGUAAAUUUUAAAAUGUAAAACACAUUUAAAAAAAAUAAGUUAAAAUACGCAAAGAAACGGUACAUUUUACAUCGCAAUGAGCUGUUUAACACCGUCGUCUGCAAGUCGACUGAGAAGAGACACUGAUAAGACAAUCCUCCGUGUGUGUGAAAAUACUUGGCCAAUAAACCUAAUUCUGAUUUUUAAA